AUCGCGGUCAAUUCACCUGCUAGUUGCAGCACUCUUUCGGCCAAAAAGAAUAUGACAUGCCCAAGAAUCUCUCUAAAUCCGUGACUCCGACGUGAAUUGGUUUGUUUACUUCUCGAAUCGGAAAGAGGCGUUCGUUUCUUCCUCUCUUCGAUCACCAUGGACCUGGCCUACGGGCGAGACGACGCCCCAAAUGGAGGUGCCGGUGCGGAGGUGAUGAGGAGGAGGAAGAAGAAGGUGGAGAUGGUGCAGGGGGCCAUCCAUGGCUUCCUGGAGGAGAAGAGGAAGGAUCGCCAGGAGGGAGAGAGGACCUCGAUGGCCAGCCAGCACGAGGAGGAGGAAGGCCUCCUCUCCUCGUUGCUCACCAAGAUGGAUGCAGUAGAGAAAGAAACAGAUUUGGACAAUGUGGAACCAGAGUCCUUCCAUCCGAAUUCUAAAACCACAUGCGGUGAGAACAGUAAGGAGGUGGAGUUAGCUGAUAUCGCAAAGGACCUGAAUAGGAUCAAGAGGCAGAACAUGAUCACCCACAUCCUCCUCGGCACGGUCAUCGUCAUGACCGCCGUGUGGCAAGUUAACGAGGUGUCGUUCCUCCUCUGGGCGCAGAAGAAAUUGAGCAAUCCUUUCAAGUCACUGGGGGACCUGAUCAAGGGUUCCAUCAAGGGGAGAGGGAGGAAGCCGGUGAUUGAGACUUCGCCGCUACCGCCGGUUGGGAUCCCGGAUGUUACCCGGGCUGAUCUGCCAACACUUGUCAUCAGCGAUGAGCACAGGUGAUAUGGCAAUGCUAGAAAAAGGGCCGGUGGCAAUGCAAGUGCCAUUUUUGUUGGAUCUGUGUGUUCGUCAAAGUUGAAAUGUAGCGACUUCUAAGAAUUUUAAGAGAACGUGCAAAUUUGCAUCUAGUUUUAUUGGUCUUCUUGAAUGCCCGCCUUUUACUGAUUCUUAAACUGAAACUCGAUCAUUUGCUGCGAAUAUAUCUUUCUUGAUUCGAUUUGUGCUGAA